AUGCGCCCGAACUUGUUGGCUGCGCUGCUGGCCACGUUGCUGGCCGCGGUGCGCGGCCCGGCGCGAGGUGCCGCACCCGACGGCGACGCCGAGAGCGACCCUGCUGCCUACCUGGUAAUAAUAGAACACGAAAACGAGUGGCAGUGUUCCGCGUCGCUCAUCUCGCGAUGCACCGCGGUGACGACGGCAACGUGCGCGCGCGGCGGCGCCGGGGAGCAGCUGUGGGCGCUGGCCGCGCUGCUGCUGGGCGCCGCGCCCGCGCCGCCCGCCCUGCUGGCCGCCGCCGCGCGCCGCGUGGCCCGCGUGGCGCUGGCGGGUGACGGCCGCGACCCCACCGACCCGGCGCUCGACCUCGCCGUCGUGGAGUUGGAGGCGCCCUUCGGUGCGGAGGCCGAGUCUCGCCCCAUCCUCAUGGCGACGUUGGGCGGGGGCUGCGCGCGGGCGCCCGAGUGCCACACGCUGCGCUCGCUCGCCGCUCGCGGCGCCCGGCGCGUGCGGUUCCGCGUCGCGAGCGUGACGCGCGCGCCGCCCGAGCGCUGCGCCGCGCGCGUGCCGCACUGGGCCGCGUCGCAACAUAAUCUGCUUUGCUACACGGGAAAUGAACUUUGCGAGCGUGAUUUGGGUGGCGGCGUGGUGUGUGAUGGGUGGCUGUGCGGCGCGCUGAGCGCGGUGGCGGGGGCGGGGGCGGGGCGCUGCGGGGACACGUUCGCGGUUCAAGACAUAGCGCGCUGGCGACGUUUCUUACACUGUGCACACACUCCCCGCCUUUGCGGCCGGAGUACGUGUGAGACGGUGUGUUCCGAACGUCACUUAUUAGAUGAUGUAGAUUUACCCGCAACUGUCUUUACUUCUGUGCUAAAUGUAUCUUCUGAUUAUAUUUCACACAUAUACAGCACUACGCCGCCCCCGCGGCAGCACUCGCACUCCACGCCCGGGGCCGAAGCUGGCUCGUACUUGACGCUCGGCGAAGAAGAGUCGGCGAUAAGUACUUUCCGCCCGUCUGUAUUCGAACCGAACCGUGCAGAUUUUAAGGUGCGA